AUGGCCGCCACCCAGGUCGCUCGCAACACCAGCUUCUCCGGCUUUGACGACCUCGUCAAGAUGCCUUCCUCGCCCACCCUCCAGCCGUCGUCGUGCGCUCGAGCAGCCUCCUCGUCUGCCACCAACGCCAACGCCACCGCUUCCACCUCAUCCAUCGCAUCGCCUUUCAACAUGCGCAAGGUCGGCCUCGACGAGAACCAGCCGCCUCCGCCUCCCGGCUCGUCGCCCGAAGUCUUCUUCCGCUACUACCUCGCCGUCGAGCUCCGCAAGGCUGGCACCCAGCCCAGCGAGGCGCUCCUCGACAGGUAUGUCCGCAACCACUUUGACAGCCUCUUCAAGAACAAGGCCGCCCCGUCUACCCCAGCGCCAUCGGCUGCCCCUGCCGUCCCCGCAACGACUGCUUCGAUCUCUGCAUCGUCGUCAUCUGCAUCGCAACAGCAAACUGCCUCCACAUCCGAAGUCACUGUCGCCGCCGUAGCACGACAACCGGCGCCCCAGCCCAGAGCAUCUGCCCUCGCCGCACCCUCGGCAGACUCGCACAUCGGCACCGCAAGCCCGCCCGAGCUGGACACUGCCGAGUCACCCGCACUCUCGGGUCGCAGCUACUCGCCCGUCGCCACGCCUCCCGCUCUCGGCACCAUCGACGAGCACGAAACAGCGCUGGUCGACUUUUCCACCGUGUUUGGCGAACCGAGCUCGUCGCUGCUCACCGCACCCUCGCACGCCGCUGGCGCUUCGCACGCCAUCAAGUUUGAGGACGACUCGGACCAGAUGCUCAGCUUCUUCCGCACCUCGCCCUUCCGCACCACCGAGUACGAAUCGGCCACCAUCGACCCGCACGUGGUCGAGAACGGCUCGCUCGCCCAGCCCACUUCGCUCCAGUCGACGUUCGCCAUGCCGUUCGACUCGAUCAGCCCAUCGCAACUCGCCUCCGCACAGGCCAACCCAUUCAAUGCCGUCGCCGCCGAGUCGAGCCUGAAGCACGAGCACUCCAAUCGUGACGACUCUGCCGCGCCCAUGUCGGAGGACGGCAUGUCGGAGGAUGACGACGAUGACGACGAGCACGACGGCGAGCACCGUCGCUCGAAGUCGUCGGGCAUGGGCAAGACGCUCAGCACAAUUCCCAUGGCGGUGGGCGACACCAACUACCUCAAGCCCGAUCCGGAAGAAUAUAAGAAGCUGAGCAGCAAGGAGAAGCGCCAGCUGCGCAACAAGAUUUCGGCGCGCAACUUCCGCACGCGCAGAAAGGAGUACAUCAACCAGCUCGAGGACCAGAUUGCGGACCGCGACGCGCUCAUCGAGGGCCUGCGCCAGCAGAUCUCGCAGCUGAGCGUGGAGAACAAGUCGCUCAAGGACGAGGUGCGCACGAUCAAGGCUCGCACCAUCUCGUCGCAGGACGUGGGCAAGAUCCUGGAGGCGCUGCAGACCAUGACAUCCACCGCGAACCCUACCGCGGCUGCCGUCAACGUGGGCGGUGGCGUGGCGUCGGGUCGUAGCAGCCCGACCAACGAGUUUGGCGGUGCGCCGAGCGGUGUUCUGACGCCGGGCGCGUUCUUGAACUUUGGCAGCGACGCCUCGCGGCCGGGCACGCCGACGUUUGCGGUGCCGGGCUCGCCGCGUGCGCAGUCGCCGCGUCCGUCGCUGCUGCGCCGCUCGUCGCCGUCGCUCAUGCCGCAGGCCAACACGAAGAAGGACGUGGCGCCCUCGAGCAGCUUCUGGGGCGGCGUCGGCAGCGUGAAUGCCACCAACACGUUUAUGCCCGUGUGCUGA